AUGGUUUUGUUAUUACUAUGGUUCAGAUGCAAUGCUGAGAAAUUACCGAACAUCGAUAUUUAUCCUGGAUUUGGUUGGGAUCAUUUACGAUUCAUCGAUUUGGCACCCAUCUAUGAAGUAUCAAAUUUAAAAGACUCUGAUAUGUUUCAAUCAUGUAUUGAAAUGAUUCCUCUACACGAAAAUAAAAUUGAAAUGGGAUCAACAGAAAUCGAUACAUUUGAUUCACGUACGAGUGACUACUCGUCAAAUUUAAUGAUAGGAGGUAGCGCAGGUUUCGGAGGCUUCAAAAUCGGUGGCUCCUAUUCGAAAGAAUAUCAAACGACAAAAAAAGAACAGGGACAAGAGAAGACGAUCACACUACGAAAUCAAAUUGACUAUCUCAUGGUCGACGUCAUUCUUCUGUCCGCAUGUCCUUUACAUCCACAAGUUAAAAAAGAUCUGAUUGAAAUAGCCGAACAUCAAGCAAACAAAGAAAGUCUUUUGGCAACGUAUUUUGCUCAACUUUUUGUCAAAAAAUACGGAACACAUUAUACAAGUCGUUUAUAUUUGGGUGGAUCAAUCAUCGAAGAAGAUUUCAUAUCCCAAUCGAAUUACUCUUCCAACACAUCAGAAAAACGAAUGUACAGAGCUGCAGCAGAAGCAUCCUUUUUGGGCUCUUUUGGUCUUUCAGCAAAUUAUGGUUCAGGUUCAAUAUAUAAUCAAACCACAAUUAAUCAAUAUACAACAAAGAUCAAUCGAAAAAUAUUAAGUUCCAAAGGUGGCGACAUCUUUAUCUUAGACGGUCAUAUGGAAGCAUGGCAAGCAUCGGUGAAGAAAAAUCCAGCUAUCAUUCGACGAGCCAUUGAAAAUCUUACAUAUUUUAUUCAAGCAGACAAACUUCCAGAAUUGACUAACAUGGCAUUGAGCAAAGUUCGAGAAGAAAUUAAUGGCGCAGUCAAUACCUACGUGGAAAUGAAUACAAUUCGAGGAUGUAUGAAUCGAAAUUCAGCAUCGUUCAAUUGGAUUGCCAAUUUCGAUGAUGGCUCCUGUAUUUCAGUUCAACAGACGACACAAUUCGGAGGCUUUAUUCGCACUUGCUCGGAAGAUUCCCGUAUGCCACGGUAA